ACGCCACACACAUUAUUCUCUUCCUGAAUCCAUUACUUUUACUCCAAAAUCAUUAACAAUGGACUCAGGAAGUGCAGUGGACAUCAUUUCGACGCUUUCAGACUUCCUGCUCGUCCUGAUCAUUUCGAACCUUUCCUUCAAGGAGGCUUUGAGCACCAGUCGCCUUUCCACCCGCUGGAGACACAUAUGUCGCGAAACGAGAAACAUCUCUUUCAGAGAGGACGAGAUCGUGACAUUCGCUGAUGAUUCCGUUGCUCGCUAUUACCAAAGGGCUGCAUUAGUUGCCUAUAUGGUUGGUUGGGUUAACAAUUUUACCGGUGGAGUUGUUGAAAGCUUCGAGCUUCGUCUCUCUAAUUCGUAUGCUUUUGAAGAAGGGGUCACCACACUGAUCGAAUUCGCUGUCUCCAAGAAUGUCAAGCAUCUUUUUCUUGACCUCUCAGAACCUCGUUGGGUUACCAAUAACGACGCUGCACAAUUAGAACCGGGUUUGAUCAAAUUACCGGAGAGUUUUUACAAGAUUACCAGUCUCGUGACGUUGAAGUUAUUCGGUUGCCGGUUUGAACCAUCGAGGCUCGCGAAACCGGGUAUGGUGAAAACCAUGUUCUUCCGCUGGAUCCGUCUCGAGAUGUUAUCGGCUUUGAUAGCAAAGACACCUCUUCUCGAGAUCUUGAACAUCAAAAACUGUUGGGAGAUUGGUCUUGAUGCGAUAACCGGAUAUAACGACCGGUUAAUGAAGUUGGUUUUCAAGUAUUGUUCCUUCUCCGCGCAGCAAACCACACUGGACGUGCCCAAUAUUCAGAUCUUCAAGUACUUUGGGAAAGUCUAUCGCUUUGAGUUCGCGAGUGCGAACAAGUUAAUGGAGGAGGCAUAUCUGGACUACCGUGAAGAGAGCCGUUACAACGUGAGUGCAGGAGCAAUAAUCAGUGGAUUUCUCUACAGUAUGUUGUCUGCUAAGACAUUCACAAUCUGUCCGUAUGUCCUUCAAUUGAUCCAAGAGUGUGAAGACCCGGUGCGACUGAAAGCACCGAUGGAGACAAGACAGUUGGUUCUGAAGACAAAUUUUGAACCUAAUGAGUUUGUUGGAAUCAGAUUCAUGCUUAACAGUUCUCCGUAUCUGGAGACACUCUCAUUCCAGAUGGUGGGUCCUCGGCCCAUCGAAGAGAUGGUGCCUCAGAUCGAUCCAGAGGCUUAUUGGGGGCAGAAUACCAGUCAUGAAUGUUUGAAGAAAACACUUAAGAAAGUGGAGGUGUGGAGCUUUUAUGGUGGUACGCACGAGUUACGUGUUCUCGAGUAUCUGAUUCGUUAUGGUCGUAUGUUGGAGAGGGUGGAUCUGUAUCAGCCAAUUGGAUUGGAUGAUAUUCAACUGCUUCCGAUACGUGCUGCAGCUGAUAGGGUGGGAGAGUUCGAGGCUCGUUCGGAGAAUUUGGUCGUUACUUUUUACUAAGAAACCUUUAAGGGAUCUAAGGAUGGAUAAAUUUGGGUGUAUUACCUAUCUUAUGUUGUUUUUCAGUUAUAAACUUCAAUUGUGGUUCCUGGAUUUGUAAUCACACAUUUGUAUUUCCCUUUUAAAACUUAAUAAUAAAAAGUAUUAAAACUUUAAUUGUAAUUUUAUUUUU